CAUUUUCACUCGGAUUCUUAAAGGAGGUCGGGUUAGAACUGAGAGGAAAAUGCAAGAAAGAGAGGAGGCAGAGGAGUUGGUGACGCCAGGAGAGGUGUUGGGGAAGGGUUCGCAACUCAAGGCAGGGAGGGGAGCCUACUUCUUACCCCAAAAUGACACCGUUUAUGCUUCCCUCACUGGUCGCCGCUCUCUCAUCCCUCCUUCUCCCCUUUCAUCUGACCAGAGGCCAACUGUUGAAGUAACAGGUCAUAGUGCCCAUGGUGCCAUUCCUGAGCCUGGUUCCAUUGUCAUUGCCAGGGUUACUAAAGUUAUGGCUAGAAUGGCCUCAGCUGAUAUAAUGUGUGUUGGCCCCAAGUCUGUGCGAGAAAAAUUUACUGGAAUAAUUAGGCAACAAGAUGUUAGAGCAACAGAAAUAGACAAAGUGGAUAUGCACUCGUCUUUUCGCCCUGGUGACAUUGUCAGAGCUCUAGUUCUCUCCCUUGGAGAUGCACGGGCAUACUUUCUAUCAACUGCAAAGAAUGAACUGGGAGUUGUAUCUGCAGAGAGCACAGCAGGUGCAACUAUGGUUCCAAUGAGCUGGACGGAGAUGCAGUGCCCAUUGACAGGACAAAUAGAACAAAGAAAGGUUGCGAAAGUUGGAGGGCAAGCCUAAAUCACAUCUUAAUUUCUGCUUCUUUGUUAAAUUUCUUACAGGGAUAGCUUGUUUAGCCAUAUUUUGGUGGGUGUACUUGUAUCAUGGCAAAGGUUUUUUUAGCAUAACUGGCUGCUUUCUUCAUAUAUAAUUGAGUUUCAAUACACUUGAGGACCAAACAAAUUUGUGGAUUCUCAAUCUUUUUGUUGGACUUGCCAUUA